AUGGGGAACCUUGUAGGCUUACAAUUCUUGGGCCUAUCUGAAAACUUACUACAAGGAAGUAUUCCAACUUCGAUUGGGAGACUUCAAAUGCUACAGGGAUUGAGUUUAUAUGGAAACAGAUUCACAGGGUCAAUCCCUUCUUCUCUUGGUAACUUGACACUAUUGAUUGAGCUCUAUUUAGGUGAUAAUCGCUUGCAAGGUAAAAUACCUUCAAGUCUUGGAAAUUGCAAAUAUUUGUUAAACUUGGAACUUUCCGGUAAUUCUUUCAACGAUAUCAUCCCCAAAGAGAUAUUUGAUCUUUCCAUGUUAGUAGAGUUGAACUUGAGUAUAAAUUCUUUUUUUGGGUCUUUACCUUUGGAAGUGGGUCGACUUUCCACUCUUGAAAUUCUAGACGUUUCUAAGAAUAUAUUGUCUGGGAAAAUCCCUAGCACCCUUGGUGCUUGUACAAGCCUGGAGCACCUUUUUAUGGGGAGUAACUUAUUUCAAGGAUCCAUACCAUUGUCUUUGAGUUCUCUAAGAGGCCUUCAAGAUUUAGAUCUUUCACAUAACAACUUAUCUGGUUUUAUCCCAAAAUAUUUGGGUACAUUUAAGUUGUUACAAAAGUUAAAUUUAUCAUUUAAUCAUUUUGAGGGUGAGGUAUCAACGAAUGGAGUAUUUAGAAAUUUGAGUGCAAUUUCAGUCAUUGGAAACAAUAAGCUUUGUGGAGGUAUACCAGAACUUCAUUUGCUUGCAUGCCAAACUCAAAAGUCAAAAGAAGAUGGCAGACAUCAUGUUUUCAAGUUGAUAGUCAUCAUAUGUGGUUGUGGGGCCUCUCUAUGUUUGAUUUCUAUGACAUUCUUUUUCAUUAUCUACCGCAGAAGAAAUAGAAAGAAAGAUUCCACUUCAUUUUUUAUCGAGGGUCGUCAUCUUAAGAUCUCUUAUGCCCAACUCCUUAAAGCUACCGAUGGAUUUUCUUCUGCAAAUUUGAUUGGAGUGGGGGGUUUUGGUUCUGUGUACAAAGGAGUUCUCAAUUCCGGAGAAACUAUUGUUGCAGUAAAGGUACUCAAUAUUAAACAAAGAGGUGCUUCCAAGAGUUUCAUGGCUGAAUGUGAAUCCCUUAGAAACAUCAGACAUCGUAAUCUUGUAAAAAUCUUAACAUCUUGCUCAAGUAUAGAUUUCGAAGGCAAUGAUUUCAAGGCUUUAGUAUAUGAGUUCAUGCCCUGUGGAAAUUUGGAGAGGUGGUUACAUCCACAUACAAAUAGCAUACAAGAUGAACAAAGGCAUUUAAACCUUGUUCAAAGAUUGAAUAUUGCAAUUGAUAUGGCAAUAGCAUUGGAUUAUCUUCACCACCAUUGUCAUACGCAGAUUAUUCAUUGUGAUCUAAAGCCAAGCAAUAUUCUUCUGGAUGGUGAUUUGACUGCACAUUUGGGUGAUUUUGGGAUAUCAAGAAUUCUUUCAAAAGCCACAAGUAGAUCUCAAAAUCACACGAGCUCAAUUGAAAUAAAGGGAUCUAUUGGAUACAUUGCACCAGAGUAUGGUGCAGGUGUCGACGUUUCAACGCAUGGAGAUGUCUACAGUUAUGGGAUUCUCUUAUUAGAGAUAUUCACAGGGAAGCGGCCUACUCAUGAAAUGUUCAAAGAUAACUUUAAUCUUCACUAUUAUGCUGAGAUAGCUUUGCAUGAUGGAGUGAUGGCAGUCGUCGACCCAUCACUUCUCUCCAUAGAAGAAGAUGAAGAAAAUGCAGUAACAACUGUAACAGACAUCACUGGAAGUCGAAGAUGCACGAAGGAUAGAGUGCAACAGUGCCUUAACUCAGUUAUUAGAAUUGGAGUUGCCUGCUCAACUGAAUCACCAUUUGAUCGAAUGGACAUAAAUGAUGUGGUAAAAGAAUUACAUAUGAUCAGGGACAUUUAUCUAGGAAUUGGCAUUCACCGAGAAAGAUGAACUAUAAUAAGGGCUAUGAA